GAGCAGUAGUUUAGGCAUUAUGUUAGGCUCCUUAAUUUUUGUUGGGAUUUGCAUCUUCCUCUUUUUCUUCCUAAUCAGGAUCCAAAAGCCAAAGAACUUCCCCCCUGGACCACGACCCCUACCCAUGGUUGGCAACCUUCUUCAUUUUAACAUCAACAAUCCUUUGAAAGACUUUGAAUUGUUGGCUGAGCGUUAUGGGAAUGUUUAUAGCCUCUAUCUUGGAAGAAGCCCAGCUGUUGUACUUAACGGUUUGAAUGCAAUAAAAGAAGCUCUGGUGACCAAAUAUGCAGAUUUUUCUGGUCGCCCACAAAAUUUGCUAAUCAGCCAUAUGAUGGAAGGAAAAGGAGUUGCACUAGCUGAUUAUGGUCCUGCAUGGAAGGAGCAUCGACGCUUUGCUCUUAUGACCUUAAGGAACUUUGGUAUGGGAAAACAGUCUAUGGAGAACAGGAUUCUGGGAGAAAUUGAACAUCUUGUUGCAAAACUGGAGAAGCAUGUAGGAAGUGUCUUACAUCCUCAGACUUUGUUCCAUGAUGCAGCAUCAAAUAUCAUCUACCUGAUGUUGUCUGGCACUCGAUAUGAAUACGGUGAAGAAACCCUUAAUAAAUCUGUUAAAUGGAUUACUGAAAUUACCAAGAUUCUUAAUGGACCUUGGUCAUUGAUCUAUGAUACGCUUCCAUGGACAAGAUCUCUGCCUCUUCCUUUUAUGAAAUUGUUUAAAAACAACAAUUUACUUAAAGAAAUGACAAUGACCAUGAUCAAAAACCACAAGACAACAAGAGUCAGAGGAGAGCCGAGAGACUUUGUCGACUGCUAUCUGGAUGAUCUUGAUAUGGUAUGUUUGUGUGGAUCCACAUUCAAUGAAGACCAAUUGGUAAUGUACAUUUUAAAUCUGCAUAUGGCUGGAACUGAUACCACGUCCAACACCCUCCUUACGGCUUUCCUCUAUCUCAUGGCUUAUUGUGACUCUCAGGGUUUACACUUUACUUUAUUGAACUUUAUAUGCAAGUAUGAGACUGAUGGGGUUCUACACGGAAAAUUUCAUGUGUCUUUUGAGGACAGAAACAACAUGCCAGACACACAGGCUGUAAUCCACGAGUCUCAGUGCAUUGCCAGUUUUGGUCCUCUGAGUGUAUUCCACCCGACCACAAGAGAUACUGAACUGAUGGGCUACAGCAUCUCAAAGUUGGGAACUAAUAUCAUCCCAAACCUCUCGUCAGUGCUGAAUGAAGAAGGCCAAUGGAAGUUUCCUCAUGAGUUUAACCCAUCAAACUUCCUCAAUGGAGAAGGACAGUUUGAGAAGCCUGAGGCAUUUAUACCAUUUUCUGCUGGGCCUCGUUUAUGUCUGGGUGAAGGUCUGGCUCGCAUGGAGCUCUUUCUCAUCUUUGUCUCCCUGCUGCACCGCUUUCAGUUCAUUUGGCCUAAAGAUGCACGAGACCCAGAUUUCACUCCUGUGUUUGGAAUCACACUUACACCCAAACCAUACAAGAUGGGAAUUAGGCUGAGACAGACAGCUAGAGAAAUCUAGAAAUUGUCAGGAGAUAUAAUUAUAUAUACUGACAGAUACUUCAUGGAAAAUUAAAUUGUAUUAUAUCACAAUAACUGAACAACUGAUGCAGUAAUAGACUCACAAGAAGAAGAAUGCUAAGGAUGCUAAUGUUGUUUUGGACAUUUGGAAUAGAGAAUAAAGCCUGUCCUUCUAACCAUUAUU